GAAGGCUGCUGCCUACACAGUGACAGUACCCACAUUUACUGCUGAGCCUGAGUGAAUCUGCAAGCGUAUGGAGACGAGAUGACCACAGCCACAAAUCACUCCAGAUCCACAAUAAUACUUGCUGCUUCUCUCCUUCGUCUCUCGCUCUCUGCGGCGACUUUUAGAGGUGGUCGCCUCCCAAUCUGCGACGGCGACGGCGACGGCUCCAAAGAGUUGGAUCUGUUGAACACUCUCGCUCAGCAGAGGGAUUUGCUAACCGGAGGUGCAGAGUUGCUGUGUAGUGUUGAAUGUGCUCUUCUUCAACUUGUGCCACCUGAGAACGGUUUUGUUUCCAUUACAGCCAUAUGUGUAGAUCCAGAGCAAGGAGAGGAACUGGAUCUAUUCUCCACUAGUUCAUCUUGGGUAGCUGUUGCAAAGGAUUCUGCAAAUUGGAUUUGAAGGAGCUGAUAUUCAGGAAGUUCAACCCAAGGACAAAUAAAGGAUUGUGAUAUGGAGGCUGCUGCUCGGGCAUUGACCCCUGUCCUCCGUAAGCUCGGUGAGCUGCUCGCCAAAGAAUACAACCUGGAGAACCGAGUAAAGAAAGGUGUACAGUCACUCCUUAUAGAGCUGGAGAUGAUGCACGCCGUACUUCGUGAGGUUGGCAAGGUGCCGCCGGAUCAGCUCCAGGAGCCGGUUCGGAUUUGGGCUGGCAAGGUGAGAGACCUGUCUUGUGACAUGGAAGACGCUGUUGACGACUUCCUGGUGCGUGUGGGUGAGGGUUCAGGCAGUAAGCCAACGGACAUGAGGAGUCGAGUCAAUAAGUUCCUCAAGAAGAUCACCACAUUAUUUGGUAAGGGCAAAGCACUUCAUCAAAUCUGUGAUGCCAUCAAAGAAGCUCAGGAUCUUGCCAAGGAGUUGGCAGAGCUGCGUAAAAAGUAUGAGCUUGACAUGCGUAGCACUAGCAAUGGUGCUACCAUUGACCCUCGUGUGUUAGCUCUGCAAAAGGAUGUAGGGGAGCUUGUUGGGCUUGACCGCACAAGGGAUGAACUUAUUAAAACACUUAUUUCCGAGGAUGGGAGUUCCAAGGAGCAAUUGAAGACAAUCUCUAUUGUUGGUGUUGGUGGACUGGGCAAGACAACCCUCACCAAAGCAGUUUUUGAGAAGAUCAAAUCCCAAUUUGAUUGUGCAGCUUUUGUCCCCGUUGGUCAGAACCCAGAUAUCAAGAAAGUUUUCAAGGACUUACUAUAUGGCCUUAACAAGGGAAAGUUCAAUGACAUUCAUAAUACAGCAAGGGAUGAGAAACUGCUCAUGGAGGAAAUCAGUGAAUUUCUUGUGGAUAAGAAGUACCUCGUCGUAAUUGAUGAUAUAUGGGAAGAAGAAAUAUGGAGAUUUAUAAAUUGUGCUUUGUGUAAAAACAAACUCCAUAGUCGGGUAAUCACAACAACUCGCAACGUGAGUGUGUCCAAAGCAAGUCUCUCUUCCAGUGAUGACAUGAUUCACAAAAUGAAACCUCUUUCUGAUGAAGACUCGCAAAUACUCUUCCAUAGAAGAAUAUUUCAAAGCAAGGAGAAAUGUCCAGAAGAUUUGCAGGCAGUAUCAAGAGAGAUAUUGAAGAAAUGUGGUGGUGUGCCAUUAGCCAUCAUUACAAUAGCUAGCCUUCUAGUCAGUAACCAAAGGAUAAAGCAGAAAGAAGAAUGGAUGCAUGUGCACAGUUCGAUGGGCCGUGGAGUUACAGAAGGUGGUAUUGUGAAGGACAUGAAGAGGAUAUUAUCACUCAGCUAUUAUGAUUUGCCGUCGCAUCUAAAGACUUGUUUGUUAUACCUAAGCAUCUUUCCUGAAGACUUUGAGAUUGAGAGAGAUUGGCUGAUAUGGAGGUGGCUUGCUGAAGGGUUUAUCCAUUGUGACAAAGAAGAAACCAGGCUGUUUGAGAUCGGAGAGAGCUACUUCAACGAGCUUAUGAACAGGAGCUUGAUCCAGCCAGCAGAAAUCAAUGAGGAAGGCACGGUAGUAACUUGCCGUAUACAUGAUAUGGUGCUUGACCUUAUAUGCUCACUGUCAAGUGAAGAGAAUUUUAUCUCCAUAUUGGAUAAUGAUAACUGGCAUGCACCUAAUAUGCAAAGGAAAUCUCGCAGGCUAUCACUUCAUAAUAUCAAGGCAAAGGUUCAGAACCAUCAGUUUGAUAGCACUAGCCUGUCAAAAGUGAGGACCUUUGCUGUUUUUUCUCCUGUUACUUGUGAUUGGUUGCCAUUUCUCUCAAGCUUUCAAUUUUUGCGUGUGCUGGAUCUUGGAAAUUGUGGCAGCCAUAAAAGUAGCUCUGGUAUCAGCCUCAAGUAUGUAGGGAAUUUAAUUCACCUAAGGUACCUUGGGCUAAGGAAUGCAGAUGUUGAUGAACUCCCAACGGACAUAGGCAAGUUACAGCUUUUGCAGACACUGGAUAUAACAAACACUAUUAUAAAAGAAUUACCUUCAAGUGUUGUACAGCUCAGAAAUUUGAUAUGUCUAUGUGUCAAUUAUAACGUGAGGCUGCCAAAAGGAAUGGGGAAGUUGAAGUCCCUCGAAGUACUGAAUGAAGUAGGCUUAUCCUCAUCUCCUCACAUUGUGAAAGAGCUGAGCCAUCUGACAGAGGUUAGGACACUCGAUGUUGACUGUUAUAACAUGGACGAGGAUCUGAUUGAUAUAUUAAUCAAGUCUCUAGGCAAGUUGCACAAAUUGCAAAAUCUGCGUAUUGAUUUUGGUGUCAGAUUGAUGGAUCGCAUAUUUGAAAGCUGGGUGCCCCCUCCAAACCUCCGUUGUUUUGAUUCACAUGGCCUCUUUUCUCCUGCGUGGUUCUCGCGACUUCCAAAGUGGGUUAAUUCAAGUUCGCUUCCCCACCUCUCCACCCUGAAUAUAGAAGUGGAAGAAUUGCAAGGGGAUGACAUUCAGAUCAUUGGGAUGCUGCCUGCUCUUCGGUUUCUGCGGCUGCUUGCAAGUCGCGUGAUGGGAAGGUUGGUUGUGAGGGCCGAUGCAUUCCCAUCUGCGAGAUGCUGCAUGUUGAGAGGGUUUCCGACGGCGCCGUGCCUUUUCCCACCUGGAGCUAUGCCAAGGGUUCAGCAGUUUGAGUUCGAGGUCUCUGCGUCGUCGAUCGCGAGUGGCGAGGUUGACUGCGGCAUGGGCCACCUCCCUUCUCUCGAGCAUGUUGAGGUUUGUCUGGAGCAUGAGAAUUCCAGCGAUGAAGAGAUGGAGACAGCCAAGGCUUGGCUGAGGCGCGCAGCAGAAGCCCAUCCAAAACGUCCCACCGUUGAAACAUCUAUGAUAUGGUAUUCUCAUCUGAGCAACCUGUGGAGGAACGUCGUACCCAUCCUGGGCGACGGCUACGUGUUAAUAUAGGCCAGGGCGCAACUCCUGGCAUAGCGUACAAUGAUGUUCAGAUUACAUUGUGACUUGGAGAGAAAGAGAUAAAGAGAUAAGAGGAGAUUACAACCAUAUGAUAACUAACUAGAGAUCCUAGUCUAUCUUGGCUUGGACUCCUCCACCGUUGCAACCUGAACAUGGGUAAUGGUGCGGUGCAAC